CCCCCUCCCCCCUCAGCACAGAUUCAACAGAGGAAACGGAAAAGACGAAACAUACGAGAAGGUUUUUCAUUUCAAAACCCCGGGGCUGUGGAAAGAACGGAGAGUUUUGCCCCUUUUUUCUAAUUCCUGAACUGCUUGACUUCGUCGUCACAUCGCAGAUCGCCACUUUAAUUCCACUUGUAUCUUUUUCUUUCGCCACAUCUUUUUUUUUUUUUUUUUUUGUCCUCUCCCCCAGCUGUUUGCAGCUGGCAGAACGCACCCGCCCUGUUCGGGGGUCCGACAGUGACCGGAGGAGGAGAGAGAGAGAGAGACAGUGACCGGAGGAGGAGAGAGAGAGAGAGAGACAGUGACCGGAGGAGGAGAGAGAGAGAGACAGAGAGAGAGAGAGAGUCAGAGAGAGAGAGAGAGAGAGAGAGAGAGAGAGAUGCCACCCCAACCCCCCCAGCCGCCGCAGGUGAGGAGGAACAUCCUGAAGUUCCUCAAGAGCUUCCCGGGAGUCGCGCGGAUGCUGCAGAUCGCGUUCGGCGCCGGGCUGUGGGUCACCAUCGCCGCCCACAAGUACGAGGGCUCCAUCCACUUCGUGCUCUUCGUGGCCGUGCUCUUCUGGCUCCUCACGCUCGCCCUCUUCUUCGUCACGCUGCUGGACAAGCAGGACCUCGUGCCGCUGCUGGGCGGCGAGCGGUGGCCCGCCGCCAACCUGGCGCACGACGUGGCCGCCGCCGCGCUCUACCUGCCGGCCAUCGGCGUCAUGAUCUACAAGACGGAGCGCAACGCGUACUGCAACCUGGAGCAGUACAAGCACUUCUGCCUGUACAAGAUCUACCUGACGGCCGCCGUGUUCGCCGGCCUGUGCUGCGUCGCGUACCUGGCGUCGCUCGUGUACGGCGCGUGCAGGAGGUGUCGCGGCGAGCAGACGAUCAUCUGACGGGGCCGAGGUGCCAUGGCGACGGGAGGAGAGGGAGGAGGGGAGGGGAGGAGAGGGAGGGUAUCCACAGCAAGAUGAGGAAUAGUUAACUCCACUGUAAUUUAACUCAACAGCUUCUCUGAUUUCAGCUCGAUCGCCCUUGUCCCCAUCGCACCAAACUCUCUGAGGCAGCAUCAUUUUUUUUUUUUUAAAAAGAAGAAAAAAUCACUCUGUGGCCUUAUGGAAACAUAAGCAGCCUUUUAGAGGCCUGUAGAUGUGAGUCUGUAGGGGGAAAUUAUUAUGCCUCUUUACUAAGAUGUCGGUGUCCAAGUUGUGGUUUAGGCCUUGCCCUCGCCUCCUUGAAGUUUAUUAUUAUAGUUUUGGUUUUUUUGUCCAGUAAUUUAAUGUCAUUUUCCUUCAUACCAGAAUCAUUAUGAUAUUCCUGUAUGGACUUAUUAUAGUGGGUACUCACUGAGUUUACAGUACGAUGCCUUAACGUGUGUUUUGUAGAUUUGUGUUGGUACUAGUCCAUCUGAAACCACACAUUUUGAAACAGGUGUUUUUUAAUAAUGAUUUAUUUUCAUCACCUUUUUUAAAAAAAAGAAUAUAUAUAUUUUUUAUCUGUUUGUGUUGUUUUUUUCUAUGAAAGCAAACUAUCCUGAGCAGUUACCUAAGCGUGAUGGACUACUACACAUGCGGACGUCCCUUUGACAAGCUCCGUCUUUGUUUUGUCUCAACUAAAACAGUUUUUAUCAGUGGCCUCUGUCAGAAUGCUGUAUACUCAACAAGGUUGUGACAACAAUGUGUAUGCUAAACCAAAAAAAAAAUCCUCAAGUGUUCCUUGUGUAAAGCCAAAGAGCAAAAAAAAAAGGAGAAAGAAUAAAGAGCAGUAUAAGUCAGA